AUGGAUACAGUUAUGGGGGUGAAUUCUGUCACCAUUGCAGUGGAAGGUAUGACAUGCAAUUCCUGUGUGCAGACUAUUGAACAGAAGAUUGGAAAAGAGAAUGGUGUGCACCUUAUUCAAUCUUUAUUGCAAACAUUGCUUUUAGAUUCUGAUAAGGAAACAUGCGGCAAGACAGCAAUAUGGACUCAUAGUAAAGAAGAGACAAAACCUCUAAUCCAGGAUAAGGAGGAGGCAAAGACUCCAGCCAAAUGUUACAUUCAGGUCACUGGCAUGACCUGUGCUUCCUGUGUGGCAAACAUUGAAAGGAACCUCCGACGAGAAGAAGGGAUAUAUUCGGUGCUUGUGGCCCUGAUGGCUGGUAAGGCAGAAGUAAGAUAUAAUGCUGCUCUUGUGCAGCCCCCAAUGAUAGCAGAAUUCAUCAAGGAACUUGGAUUUGGAGCUGUGGUGAUGGAAAAUGCUGGUGAAGGGGAUGGAGUUCUGGAACUUAUUGUGAGAGGAAUGACAUGUGCUUCCUGUGUGCAUAAAAUCGAAUCUACUCUUAUGAAAACCAGAGGGAUCUUCUACUGCUCUGUAGCCCUGGCUACCAACAAAGCUCAUAUCAAAUAUGAUCCAGAGGUUAUCGGUCCGAGAGAUGUUAUCAGUACAAUACAAAACUUAGGUUUUGAAGCAUCUUUGGUCAAGAAGGAUCGAUCAGCAAGCCACCUUGACCAUAAGCGAGAAAUCCAGCAAUGGAAACGAGCCUUCCUUGUGAGUCUAUUUUUCUGUAUUCCUGUGAUGGGGCUGAUGAUUUAUAUGAUGAUUAUGGACCACCACCUUUCUAGCAUUCACCAGCAUCACAAUUUGAGUCAGGAAGAAAUGGCGAGUUAUCACUCAGCAAUGUUUCUGGAGCGCCAAAUCCUGCCAGGGCUGUCUGUCAUGAAUUUGCUGUCCUUUUUAUUGUGUAUACCUGUUCAGUUCUUUGGAGGCUGGCACUUCUACAUCCAGGCAUACAAGGCCCUGAGACAUAAGACUGCUAACAUGGACGUGCUCAUUGUACUGGCCACCACCAUUGCAUUUGCCUACUCUUUGGUGAUCCUUCUGGUUGCAAUGGCCGAGAAAGCAAAAGUGAACCCCAUUACUUUCUUUGACACCCCUCCUAUGCUGUUUGUGUUCAUUGCACUGGGGCGCUGGCUGGAGCACAUAGCAAAGGGGAAAACAUCAGAAGCUCUUGCAAAACUAAUUUCACUACAAGCUACAGAGGCUACCAUUGUAACUCUCGACUCAGACAAUAUCCUCUUGAGUGAAGAACAAGUGGAUGUUGAACUUGUGCAACGUGGAGACAUUGUUCGAGUGGUUCCAGGAGGCAAAUUCCCAGUGGAUGGUCGGGUUAUUGAAGGGCAUUCGAUGGUAGAUGAGUCCCUCAUCACAGGGGAAGCUAUGCCUGUGACCAAGAAACCAGGCAGCCCAGUGAUUGCUGGCUCUAUUAACCAGAAUGGGUCACUACUCAUCAGAGCAACCCAUGUUGGAGCUGAUACAACUCUCUCACAAAUUGUCAAGCUUGUGGAGGAAGCACAAACAUCCAAGGCUCCCAUCCAGCAGUUUGCAGACAAACUUAGUGGUUAUUUUGUUCCUUUCAUUGUUAUUAUCUCUGUUGUCACCCUCUUGGUCUGGAUCGUGAUUGGAUUUAUUCAUUUUGAAGUCGUGGAAACCUAUUUUCCUGGCUACAACAAGAGCAUCUCCCGAACUGAAGUGAUCAUCCGAUUUGCCUUCCAGGCUUCUAUUACUGUGCUAUGUAUAGCCUGCCCCUGUUCUCUGGGCUUAGCUACUCCCACUGCUGUUAUGGUGGGCACUGGGGUAGGAGCUCAAAAUGGCAUCCUGAUUAAAGGUGGAGAACCCCUGGAAAUGGCCCACAAGGUAAAGGUAGUGGUGUUCGAUAAGACCGGAACCAUAACCCAUGGAACUCCAGUAGUGAACCAACUGAAAGUUUUAGUGGAAAGUAGUAAAAUAUCACGCAAUAAGAUCCUGGCUAUUGUAGGAACUGCUGAAAGUAACAGUGAGCACCCACUAGGAGCAGCGGUAACAAAAUACUGCAGACAGGAGCUGGACACCGAAACCUUGGGUACCUGUACAGAUUUCCAAGUUAUCCCAGGUUGUGGCAUUAGCUGUAAAGUAACCAACAUUGAAGCUCUCCUCCAUAAAAAUGACUGGCAAGUAGAGGAAAAUAAUCUUAAAAAUGCAUCCCUCAUGGACCUUGAUGCAAAUGAUGGACAGCCAGGUCAUUCUUCCUUGAUUAUUGAUGCCCAGGUGCCCACCGCCUCAAAUUCUCAGAAGUACACAGUCCUUAUUGGGAACCGGGAGUGGAUGAACAGAAAUGGCCUUGUCAUUAAGAAUGAUGUGGACAGUGUGAUGAUUGAACAUGAGAGGAAAGGUCGAACAGCUGUGCUGGUGGCCAUUGAUGGUGUGUUGUGUGGGUUGAUAGCUAUCGCUGACACAGUGAAACCUGAAGCAGAGCUGGCUGUCCACACACUAAAAUCUAUGGGCUUAGAAGUUGUUUUGAUGACUGGAGACAACAGUAAAACUGCUAGGUCUAUUGCUUCCCAGGUGGGCAUUAAAAAAGUUUUUGCUGAAGUUCUUCCCUCUCACAAAGUUGCUAAGGUGAAGCAGCUGCAAGAGGAGGGGAAGCGGGUAGCAAUGGUGGGAGAUGGGAUCAAUGACUCCCCAGCACUGGCUAUGGCUAAUGUUGGAAUUGCCAUCGGCACUGGUACAGAUGUAGCCAUUGAAGCUGCUGAUGUGGUUCUAAUAAGGAAUGACCUUCUGGAUGUGGUAGCAAGUAUUGACUUAUCAAGGAAGACUGUCAAAAGAAUUCGAAUAAAUUUUGUCUUUGCUCUGAUUUAUAAUCUACUUGGAAUCCCCAUAGCUGCUGGCGUCUUUAUGCCCAUUGGUUUGGUUUUGCAGCCCUGGAUGGGAUCAGCUGCCAUGGCUGCCUCGUCAGUUUCGGUGGUUCUGUCUUCACUGUUGCUCAAACUUUAUAAGAAACCUACUUAUGAGAAGUGUGAACUGAGAGCUCACUACCAAGUAGGCCGGAAGAGUCCUUCAGAAAUUAGCGUUCACAUCGGCCUUGACGACACAUCCAGAGACUCUCCCAAGCUAGGUUUGCUGGACCAGAUAGUCAAUUACAGCCGAGCAUCAAUUAACUCCCUGCUCUCAGAUAAGCGUUCCCUGAACAGCAUUGUUCUGAGUGAACCAGACAAGCACUCCCUCCUGGUUGGAGAUUUCCGGGACGAUGAUGACACUUCAUUAUGA